AUGUGGUGGCGUACGCGGUGGAGCUUCGGGGCGGAAGAAUAUACACACGUUCGUAGCGGCCGAGGAUCGGCGAUCGAGAAUGGCCGAGGAUCGGAGCGUACGUGUAAUCUGUGGAGUGUAAUGAUCGGGGUGGCGGCCGAGGAUCUGCAAUCGAGAAUGGCCGAGGAUCGGCAAUCGAGAAUGGCCGAGGAUCUGCAAUCGAGAAUGGCCGAGGAUCUGAGCGUACGUGGAAUCUGUGGAGUGUAA